AUGUCAAGUCGAUCAAAUAGAAUCAAUAAGGCUCCUCCAUUCUUAGAGUUGUCACGAGAUACGAUACAGAAUUUUGAUACAAGUGGCUUAGAUCUUGAAAAUGUUUUAUCUGUUUGGACAGGUCUAACCAAAUGUUCUGGUUUCAUCAAAAGUGGGAAAAGAUUAGAAAAUAUAAGUUGGAGAAUUGUUAAUAGAAAUUUGAUCAAUCAACAAAAUCAACAAAUACCGAAAGGUGUUGACAACAACAACAAUAAUACAACACAGCAAAGAAACAAAUUGAAUGAUGGUGAUUUCUUAAGUUUAUUAUCAAUAGUUACAGAUCAAAAUCUUAUAACUCAACCGAGACCUCAGUUGAUUAAGAAGAAAUCUUCAAACCAAAAAAUGGCCAGAAAUGCUUCAAGAAAUAGUAAUAGAAGCGUGGAAAGUUUGGAUAAAUUGAGGCCUGGUAUGAUUCCAAGAAAAUCUUCAUCUUCAAAAUCAUUAAAGAAAUUGAAUCAAAGAACAAGAAGAUCAAAUGUUGAUUUACCAAACUUGAACAGAGUUUAUAGUAAUACUUCAACAACUUCUGAUACAAAUGAACAACCAGUUCCAAUCAAAGUUGAACAUGAUUCUGAUUUAUUUGAACAACCAAACCCUAAAUAUGCUUUUGGUGUACAAGCUCAAAGAAAUGAUUCAAAUGAUGAUGAAAAUAAUUCUUCAAGUUCAAAUUUUUCAAAUGAGAAGCCUCAAGCUCCACCAUUAACAAGAUCUGAUACUUCAACUUCAAUAGUCCGUGGAUUUUCUCCAAGUCAUAUAUCAGUGGCACAAUUGAGUACCAAUUCAUCACCGGGAAAGCCAUCAACUUCAACGAAAAAAGCUGAAAAAACUUCUGCCCCUUCUUUGUUUGAUCAAUCUAACCUGAAGAACCCUCAGCCAAGAAAAGCAGUACCGAAAAGUUCAUUAUUCAAUCAUCCUCAACCACAGCAGCAGCAACCCCAUCAUAAUAUUCAACGUAUUGAUACCCAAACAGGUGUUCCAUUAGAGAGAGUUAAAUCACCUUUAUCCCAGGAAACAACAAAUGAAGUAUUAAAACCGAAGGAACCUAAUAGAUCUACUUCAUUGUUUCAACAGCCUCAAAAGUCCAAACCUAAAACGGGAACAUUAUUUGAUCAUUCUGCAUUACAAGAGAAUAAUAACAAUGUUAAGUCAUCAUUAUUUGAACAAGUUGGUAUCAGUCCUGAAAUUAAAAGACAACCUACUCCACAACAGCAUAAAAAGAGAACUAAUGUUUUGAAUAACUUGGGAAUGACAAGCUUAGCUGUUAAAGAACAUACACCUCAAAGAAAAGAUAAGAAUAACAUGUUUUUCAUUGAAAGUUCACCUUCUCCAACUGAUGGUCCAAAGUAUAUUGAUUCACAACAACAGGCUCAAUCUCAUCAUAACCAUCAUCACCAUCACCAUCAUCAUCAACAACAACGCCAAAGAUCAUCUUCGUCUGAAAAAAAGCGGAACAAUAAUAAUCUGUCAAGCUCUUCAGUCAAUGAUAACAACAACAAUAAGUCUUUAUUUUCUGGUAAAUCUGAACCUAUCCCAAAAGAAAUUAUAUUCUCUUCAGAUGAUUCACUAAGUGAUGAAAGUGAUUGGUCUUCUGUUAGUGAUUCUGAAGGAUCUGAUGAAUUUGAUGAAAAUGAUUUAACAAAAGAAUGGAAACAAGCAAGUUUUAAAAGGGAUGAACCUCUUCCAAAACCUCAAAUUAAAAGAUCUUUAUUGUCUGGUUUGUUUUUAAACGAAAUGCAACAUGAACAUCAUCAUCAGCAUCAUCACCAAGAGCAUUCAAAUUCUCAGAUACAAUCAAGAUCUACUUCUGGUGUUACCACUCCACAACCUUGGAAAUCAGGCUAUCAACAUGGUGAUCAUUCAAGCGCCAUUAAUCUUGGUGCAAAUAAUAAUGCUACUGGAUCUCAAGCUGAUUUGGGUACUUCAAUUUCUUCAUCUAAUAUUGUGGUGAAACAUAGACAUAGACCUCAAAGUAUCCAUGGUGGUAAUAAUUCAAAUGAUGCAGCAAGUAAUUCCACAACAGAAGAUAACGCUAAUAAUAACAAUAAUGAUGCAUUAGAAUUAUCAUCUACAACACCUCAUACUGUUAUUUCAACUUCAAAUAUUAAUGUUUCUGGUCAAGUUUCAGAACCUCAAGAUCAUCAUGAUUCACAAGGUAAAUUGAAAGAAAAAUUGACUGGAACUCAAGAAGCUCAAAAUAAUUUACAAACUUCAUCUUCAUUCACUCAAAUGAUUUCAAGAUCAGCUGUGAAUUUAACAAAUUAUUUUGCUGCUCAUAGGAAAAACAGUUUUAGUUCAAUUGCAAGUGAUCGUACAAGAACUAGAUUUAAACAUGAAUCAAAUGCUCCAGCUACUGCAUCAACUUUAUUACCAACAGCCUUAUCUACUCAUAUGUUUUUACCAAAUGCACAUCAAAGAAAAUCUACAAGAUCAAAACUGGCUUCAGUUUUAGAGGCAGAAUCAGGAAACACAUCAUCAAAUGAACCUUCUAGAAAAAAUUCAGAAGCUGAAGAAUCAACUGUUAAUACCAAAAUUGAAUUACCAAUGAAGUCACCUACUGUUCCAAUAACUACCAAGAAACCAUCUCAUACUGUGGAAAUUGAAGGUUUAACAAAUGGUGCCAAUGGUACGAAUAAUCAUAUUGAGGGUGCAAUGGAAACAAGUGCUAAUUUCAACAUUUCAAGAAAGUUAUCACCAAAGACAACAAGAAGACAGAUGCUGGCUACUGAAUUAUCAGAUUCGCUAAGAAAGAGUAUUUUAUGGGAUAGGAAAAAUGGCGUACCUAAUAAUCAUCAUCAUCAUCAUCACCACCACCAUCAUCAUCAGAAACAAAGUAAUGAUAAUAAUGAAGGUGAAGAGUCAAAAGAAGAACAAUCAGAUGUGAAAGAGACCGUUGAUGGUUCUAAGCAACCAAAAGUUAUCAAAUCUACAAUUGAAAAUUUCAAUAAUGAUGAAUGGGAUACAGCUGAAACUGACUUUUAUACAAGAGGUUGGUAA